UGGUGUCCAGCGAGCAGAGUGACAGCAGCCAUCAUGGCGGAAGGACGAGUGCGACGCGUUAUUCCCGAAGAUCUUUCCAAUGUCGAGUUUGAGACGAGCGAGGAGGUGCAGGUGGUGCCCACCUUCGACUCCAUGGGCCUCAGGGAGGACCUGCUCAGAGGAAUCUACGCCUACGGAUUUGAGAAACCGUCGGCCAUUCAACAACGUGCUAUUCGUCCAAUCAUAAAGGGGCGUGAUGUUAUAGCUCAGGCUCAAUCUGGCACUGGUAAAACGGCUACGUUCUCGAUAUCCAUCCUUCAGAUUUUGGACAUAAAUGUUCGCGAGACCCAGGUCCUCACGCUGUCUCCAACUAGGGAGUUGGCUGUUCAGAUUCAGAAAGUUGUACUUGCACUUGGGGACUACAUGAGUGUGCAGUGUCAUGCGUGCAUCGGAGGAACGAACCUUGGGGAAGAUAUUCGCAAGCUGGACUACGGGCAGCACGUAGUGUCUGGUACUCCCGGCAGAGUGUUUGACAUGAUCAGACGUCGCACACUCAGAACACGAUCUAUAAAGAUGUUGGUCUUGGAUGAAGCAGAUGAGAUGCUAAAUAAAGGGUUUAAGGAACAGAUUUAUGAUGUAUACCGCUACCUUCCUCCUGCUACUCAAGUUGUCCUCAUCUCUGCCACGUUGCCUCACGAAAUUUUGGAAAUGACUUCAAAGUUCAUGACGGACCCCAUCCGCAUUCUUGUAAAGCGUGAUGAAUUGACACUAGAAGGUAUUAAGCAGUUCUUUGUUGCAGUCGAACGUGAAGAAUGGAAGUUUGAUACACUGUGUGACUUGUAUGACACACUCACCAUUACACAGGCUGUUAUCUUCUGUAACACAAAGCGUAAGGUGGACUGGCUGACAGAGAAGAUGAGAGAAGCCAAUUUCACAGUAUCAUCUAUGCAUGGCGAUAUGCCACAGAAAGAGCGUGAUGCCAUUAUGAAAGAAUUCCGUUCGGGUCAGUCUCGUGUCCUCAUCACUACUGACAUCUGGGCAAGAGGAAUUGAUGUACAGCAGGUUUCUUUGGUGAUUAACUACGAUUUGCCCAAUAAUCGUGAGUUGUACAUCCAUCGUAUUGGUCGUUCUGGGAGAUUCGGCCGUAAAGGUGUUGCUAUCAACUUUGUCAAGAAUGACGACAUUCGUAUUUUGCGAGACAUUGAACAGUACUAUUCUACACAGAUUGAUGAAAUGCCCAUGAAUGUUGCUGAUCUGAUAUAAUGUGAAUGCUGGACGAGUUCUCGAGUGAUCUUCCACCAGCCUGUAUUUAUGAAGCUAUAUUCAAUACUUGGUUUAGAGGCUAGCCAUUUGUAGUGGUUUGGAUGGUGUAUCAUUCAUUAACUUUGUGCAGCCAUUUUAAUUUAUGACAAGUGAAGUGCUAGUUAAUGUAUUAUAUAUUUACUGUUAAGAAUUAGAUUUUUUUUUUUGUUUUUAUACUCCAUAGAUAAUUUAUCAAAAUUUGUCAUGUUGCCAUGUUUUUAAACACGCCUUUUUAAAUAUUUCCAGAAGAGCAGUAAAACAUGUACAUCUAUUAUCUAUAUUUCCUUAUAUUUUUGGAAAAAAGUAUUAUUACUUUUUUGUAAUAAAACAUUGCACAAGUACA